AUGGGUUUUAAGGACACUACCGCGGACGAUCUCCCCCGGAUCUUCGAAAGUGAAAGGUUCAAACCAUACCUUCGCUACGCGAACGCGUUCGACAACGCCAUGAAAAAGGCUGCUAGAGCACAUGCUGAGAUCGAGCGUGCGAUAAAGGCGGGCGAGCUCUGA